AUGUCAGAAUUACUUUCUGUGAAUAAACCUCAAGAAAUGAGUACCUCUAUAGUAAACGAGGACAUCGACGAAAGUUGGUUUAAAAACGCCGACAACCUUAUGUUCGAUGACGAUAUAAAUUUAGAUUAUAAGCUAAGUUCAGCUGAAGAUGUUGAGUUCUUCAAAUUAUUAGAAGAGGUAGAUUCUAACGAAUCGUUUUCGCGUGAUCUUGAAGGUGAAAUAUCUGAAACUUUUCCCAACAAUGAAGAUAUAAUUGUUCUUGAAGAUGAUGAAUUAAUUGACAGUGAUAACAUCGAUAAUGGUGUUAUACUGAAAGACGAGGAAAAUGAAUCUGAUCUUUAUUUCGGUAAGCGAUCACCUCAAAAGGAAAGUGACCUUCCAAAUAGUGGACAAUCCCGUUGUAUAUUGGAAUAUGAAGGCCAAAAGAAUCACAUAUAUGUCAAGUCUAACAAAUAUGUUGGGGAGUUUAUGCAAGAUCUCAAAGAUGACCUUAUUCCUGACAAAAUACAUGAUUGUGAGGUGGUAUUGACAUUUUUAGACGAAAACAUUGACGAUUUCCGAUUAGACAAUAAAUAUUCACAAGAAUUUACUCUUGGGAAAAUUAUUACUGUUCAUGAUAAAUAUCGAAAAUCUCAUGAUCUUAAUACGGCAUAUCUUCAUGUUGUAAUGACUCUACAAGAUAGAUUUAUUUCACAAUAUAAAAAAUAUGAUGAUGUCAUCGGGGGAAGGGCACAAAAUCCAAUUGUCGUCGGAGACUCUUCACCUGAAUCUUUCGAUGAUGGCGAUAAUAUUUUGUCAAAAUCUCCCGUUGAAGAUAUCAUAACAAAAAUAGACCAAGCAUCUGGAACAGGUAAUUCGUUUUUUAACCCAUCAAAAGACGCGUCUUUGCCACUGGCUAAAGAUGUAAAUGACGAACAAUUCACUGAUAUUAGAGAAGGAAAUGAUG